CUGCGCAGGCGUCGUCCGGCUGGACUGUGAAGGAGGAAGUAGUGCGCGCAGGUGCGAGCAUGUACAGUGGCAAGUGUAGUGACGACGACUGGGGAAGAGUAGUGAUUAGCGGAGGACCCGUUGACGUUGAAUGUACAGAGGAGCUACUAAAGCCAUUAAAGCAGCAAAUCGGUGCUUCUUGCCUUUAUUGUUGCCGCCACCCAGCUCAGCACAAAAGAACACAUUCACCAUUUACGCAGCGUCCCUGAACCAUCGCUGCAGACGCUGGGAUGUGACUAUUGCGCACACGGUCGGACAUCACGAUGAUGAUACUCAAACAAAAUAUCUUGCAGUCCUACUCUGCUAUAAAUUUUUGUUGCACACCACAUUGAGAAGCAGACUACGCAAAUCAAGGCAUGAAAGAAGAGUUAUCAGAAUGAUGGGAUGUGCAAAAGAUGCCCCUAAAUUGAGUGAUGGGGGGGUGAUCUCAGUGCCUUGCUUGAAGGCACUUCAACAUAGGGGUGCACAGUAUCAACAGUAUCGCCGGUAGAAGGUAUCAAUAUGGAUGAAGGUGUAUGGAGCUGCAGUCUGACAUCUGACUACAAAGAGGCGUGUCUCGCUAUGGUAGUUGGCAUCCGGGAGCAUCUUGUAAAAUCAUCCAUUUACAUGACCAUGCUUGGAGGUGCUUUCAUCGGUUUCUUCUCAAAGCCUGAUUACUCAUCUUUUGAGGUUGCCCUCCUUGAGUGCUCCAAUCAGCUGUGUCUGCUGUCAUCAUGGGUCCGCAAUGCAACCUCUGACAGCCAUGUGCAGAGUCUGCUUAAGCUUCGCAAUGAGGGCCGUCUGCGCCAUGUCAACCUGGGAAUGCUCUCUUUGGUUCAUUGUGUUGACCAUACCCCUGACAGCACACUGUAUGAAGCUCAGUGUUCGAGUUUGUCAGUUCUCUGGAGAGAGUUCCCUAGAUGUGUAAUGGAUGUCGGCUUUGCUGGCCACUGGUGGAUCCUGGACUCAAAGAUGACCAACUAUGAUGUUAAUGAAGAUGAGUUCAUGUACCUACCAGUGCAUAUGCGGCUAGCAUCACCAGCCACUGUUCAGGUGGUGAAAUCAAAUGAGCGACUGCACAAAGAGUCUUGGUUUGCACUGAAGUUGGAAGCUGAGGAGAAAGAAACCAUUGUGCACUGAAAAAAAACAAACAAAAACAAAAAAAAGUUUAAUUUGAUCAUUGGUUGCACAUGAUUAAAAUGUGGUGAACGGAUGUAAUUUCCCCUCCUCUCCUCUAAGUAAUAAGUAAAUCAAAGGACUUGGUGUGGGUCCACAUCGUUUGAUAGGUCUGAGUUUUUUUAUAUUCAUGAGGUGGUGAAUUAAAGGCAGAUUGUACAAUCAUGCCUUUCACACGUCCACUUUCACUUAAUAUUGAAUGUUAAUUUUGACUUAUACAGUUAUAGAGAUUUUGCACUUUGUGUAUGAAUUGUGUUGUCUGUACUUUUUUAAAAUAAUGACGCUCAUGUCUUUAAGUUGCCCUUUAAGUUGGGGAUAAAGUACACUGAAUAAAUAGUCCUUUGAAUUUACUUAAUUGGAACAUGUUCACAGUAUGGAGGACCAAGAAUGCCAAAAUUAAACAAAUGUGUCAAAAAGAA